AUAAAUCCAGCCAUCUUCAUCAAUAGCUUUGGUUUCCGAAAAGUCAAAUCACAGUGUACAUCCAUCCCCCCAUACCUCACUCAUCACACCACUCUCACACACACAGUUCACUCCACCAAGAUCUCGAUCACCACAAAUCACCAUCACUUUCCGUAUCAAUCAAUCCAGAUCUCAACCCUCAAUAACAAAUAUAAUAAACCGAUAACCGAUAACAAACUGCUGCUGGCUGAUUCAAUGGCUUCACCUGCAAAUCAAAAUCAAAAUCAACCACCACCAUUUGAUGUUCAACGGUUAUUCAACCCUAUUUCAUCACCACCACCACAACCACCUCCAAUCACUCUCCAAAACCCUAACCCUAACCCUAACAACCACCAUUUCAUUCUACCACCCUCCUCCGCCGCUUCUUAUCCUCCUCCCACCGCAAACGGCGCCGCCUACGCCUACCUUCCGCCUCACACAAACCCUAAUUUCCACCAUCAGUUCCACAUUCCACCACCUCCUUUCCCCAAUCAACAAUCGGAUGACAAUUUUUCUUCGAAUUUGCAGCAUCAGAGGUCACUUCCGUACCCUAACAUACCUAUUCAACCACCUAGCCCUAGUUUUACAAACCCUAACCCUAAUAAUCAUGGAGCCAGGCUUAUGGCGCUAUUAACGGCGCCACCGGCUUCGGUACCUGAUGUUUCAGCGCAAUCAACGGUGCCGUUGCCGGCGGUUACAACGCAGAACACUAGUUUUAAUGUUUCGUCGGGUCCGGUGCGGAUGCCGAGUAGUAAGGUGGCGAAGGGGCGGCAUUUGGUUGGGGAUUGUGUUGUUUAUGAUGUGGAUGUUAGGUUGCCUGGAGAGGUGCAGCCGCAGCUUGAGGUUACUCCGAUUACGAAGUAUGUUUCGGAUCCGAAUUUGGUUGUGGGACGGCAGAUUACAGUUAAUACGAGUUAUAUAUGUUAUGGUUUGAAGACGGGGACGAUUCGGGUUCUUAAUAUUAAUACUGCGUUGAGAUCGUUGCUCAAAGGACUUGUUCAGAGGGUUACAGACAUGUGUUUCUUCGCAGAGGACGUUCAUCUUCUAGCCAGUGCAAGCAUGGAUGGACGAGUUUACAUAUGGAAGAUUCUUGAAGUUCCUGAUACGGAUGAUAAGCCACAGAUCACAGGAGUAAUUGUUACUGCAGUCCAAAUUUUAGGAGGAGGAGAACCUGUUCAUCCUAGGGUUUGUUGGCACUGUCAUAAACAAGAAGUUCUUGUAGUAGGAAUUGGGAAUUGUAUUCUUAGAUUUGAUACUACAAAGGUUGGGAGAGGUAAAGUAUAUUCUGCAGAUGAACCUCUCAAAUGCCCUGUUGAUAAGUUGAUUGAUGGGAUUCAAUUUGUUGGUAAGCAUGAUGGUGAAAUUACAGAUCUAUCCAUGUGCCAAUGGAUGACCACUCGCCUAGUUUCUGGUUCAGUAGAUGGAACGAUAAAGAUUUGGGAAGAUCGCAAAGCGUCACCUAUUGCAGUACUGAGGCCACACGAUGGUCUUCCUGUUAAUUCUGUUACAUUCUUAACCGCUCCACAUCGCCCAGAUCACAUCAUACUCAUUACAGGGGGGCCGUUGAAUCGUGAAGUGAAAAUAUGGGCCUCCGAAAGUGAAGAAGGAUGGUUGCUUCCUAGUGACGCCGAUUCAUGGCGUUGUACUCAAACACUGGAGUUAAAGAGCUCUGCUGAAUCAAGAACCGAAGAUGCAUUUUUUAACCAAGUAAUUGCAUUAUCUCAAUCAGGUCUUCUUUUACUAGCAAAUGCCAAGAGAAAUGCCAUAUAUGCUCUACACUUGGAUUACGGGCCCAAUCCGGAAACAACCCGUUUGGACUACGUCGCGGAGUUCACUGUUACUAUGCCGAUACUGAGCUUUACUGGCACUAAUGAUCUGUUACCAAACGGGUCCCACAUCGUUCAGCUAUACUGUGUCCAAACACAAGCUAUUCAACAAUACGCUUUAGACUUAUCCCAGUGCCUGCCACCUCCUGUUUAUGAUGUCUUUGAGAAAUCCGGUUCAACUGUUUCACGUGAUGCGGCAGUUAUCGGUUUGGAACCAUCUGCUGAUAAAUUCGAUGAUAUGGCUCAGGCUAGCCCAGAAUCUAGCCCUAAUGAGCUGAAGGAUAGCGAUACUGAUGUUACGUGUAUUGUAUCACCAAUAGGUCAAUCGAGCCCUAAGUUGGCGGGAAAAGUUUCUGACUUUAGAAGUCCAUCUGGCAGGUUUGAGCCACGUCAGCAAGUAAACGGUUAUGAUGAUCAGAAAAUCAUGGAAGAAAGACAACUGGAAACUGCUCGUUCGAACAUGUCUAACGCUGCCUCAUUGGAUGAUGAUGACGAUCGGGCGGUCAAGUUUAAGCAUCCGACUCAUUUGGUAACUCCUGCUGAGUUGAUGGCCACGUCAUCCUCUGAAGUAAGUCAUGUUGAUGGUAUGCGUGAUGUGGCGGUAAACUCUGAUACACAGAAUGCUGAGGUGGAGGUUAAGGUUGUGGGUGAAAUGGAACUUAAUGGUUCUGCUUAUAGAGAAAAGGAAAAAUCUAGAACUUUUUCGUCACAGGCAUCGGGACUUGGGCUUGAUAUAGCACAGGACAAUGAGUCGAAACGAUUAGAUCAAAUUGCAGAUGCUCAAGAUGAAGUUGAUGAUGUGGCAACUGAUCUAGCUGGAUCUGUGGAGAUGUUUGAGACUGAAGUAGUUCAAUCUGUGGGUCCCUCUUCACGAGAAAGAAAGAAGAAGAAAAAGAAUGCUCAAGUAUCGGGUCAACCUUCUUCAAGCAUCUUAAAGUCAACUGAUUCUUGUGAUGAUCUAGGAUUGAGUUCAAGUAUUCCCUCAGCAGAAGCUAUACUUUCACAAAUCCAGUCCAUGCAAGAAACACUUAAUCAGGUUUUGAUCAAUCAAAAAGAAAUCCAGAAGCAGAUUCCAGUGGUUGCUGCAGCACCAAUUACAAAAGAAGGGAAAAGGAUAGAGGCAGCCAUUGGUAAAAGCAUGGAGAAAAUCCAUAAAGCUAAUUCUGAUGCUAAUUGGGCUCGUUUUCAAGAAGAAUUUGCAAAACAAGAAAAGUCAAGCAAAGACCAACAUCAGCAGAUAUCGAAUUCUGCCUUGAAUAGUCACAAAGAGUUUCUUGCAUCGUCAGAGAAAAUGCUCAAGAAGGAAAUGGCCGCAGUGGUGCCAGCUGUUGGGCGCGCAGUAAUUCCGAUUAUUGAGAAAGCAGUUUCCAUAGCUGUCUCAGAGGCUUUCCAGAGGGGAAUAGGUGAUAAAGCUGUAAAUCAACUGGACAAAGCAGUUAACUCUAAACUGGAAGCUACUGUAUCUAGACAAAUUCAAGCUCAAUUUCAAACAUCUGGCAAGCAAGCUCUACAGGAAGCACUGAGGUCAAGUAUGGAGGCUUCUGUUGUGCCUGCCUUUGAGAUGUCUUGCAAGUCAAUGUUUGACCAAGUUGAUGCCACAUUUCACAAGGGAAUGAUGGAACACACAAAUGCAAUUCAGCAGAAAGUUGAGUCCAUGCAUUCUCCUCUGGCACUUGCUUUGAGAGAUACAAUCAAUUCAGCAUCAUCUCUGAGUCGAACAUUAAGCAGUGAAUUUGCUGAUGGUCAAAGGAAGUUAAUGGCUCUUGCAGUUGCUGGAGCAAGUUCUAAAUCAGCAAAUCCAUUGAUAAGCCAACUAAGCAAUGGGCCUUCAGGUGUUUUUCAUGAAAAGAUUGAAGCGCCGGUAGACCCCACAAAAGAACUAUCGAGGUUGGCAUAUGAGCACAAAUUUGAGGAGGCCUUUACUGCUGCCCUGCAAAGAAGUGAUGUUCGCAUUGUUUCUUGGUUAUGCUCUCAGGUUGAUCUACAGGGGAUAUUAGCAAGUAAUCCUGUUUCUUUGAGCCAAGGGGUACUGCUAUCGUUGUUGCAGCAAUUGGCAUGUGAUAUUGGGAAUGAUACAUCUAAGAAGCUAAAUUGGAUGAUGGAUGUGGUGGUGGCGAUUAAACCAACGGAUGGGAUCAUUGCAAUGCAUGUAAGGCCCAUAUUUGAACAAGUGCACUCGAUUCUAAACCAUCAGAUGAGUGUUCCCACCACUUCGGUUGCUGAGCUUUCUAGUAUUCGUGUGGUCAUGAAACUCAUAAACUCGACGUUAAGGAGCCUGUAAGUAACUCAGAGGUGAUUGUUUUGUACAAAGACUUGGAAUUUUUGUAAUGGGAAUUGGACAUUGGACAUUUUGGUUCCACUAGAGAUUUUUUUUACGGUAAUUCUUAUGUAUUAGCUUUAUGUUUUAACCGCUUCAUGCAACACCUCAUUUGUCGACAUUUUUCAUCGAUAGUUUAACCAUGGAGUGGUCAAAACGGGCCUAAAGCAUUAUCAUUCCAA